AUGUCCCUAGCUGUCGAUGACCGUGAGAAGCUGGCCAUCUACAACUUGGCUACGAAGCCAUGUAGCUGCGGCAGCGGCGUGUUGCGGUGCACGUCCCGUGCACACGCCGAGGCCCUCGACGGCCUGGCCGCCGUGUGUGAGGCGCAGAAAGCCUAUGAUAAGGCUUACAGCUAUGCAUCGCUUCUGGUCAUCGUGGCACCCCAGGCUCCUGAAGGCUAUCUGAGGUUGGCGAAAGCUCUGCGUCUCAAGGACCCAUCCAAUGGGUCUGCAACCAAGAGUCGAUGUUCAUGGAUCUAUUCUCAGGCGGCCCAGAGCGUUCAGUCGUACGGUGAUGCGUCCGACGAGAAGCUCAAGGUGCUGAGAAAUCUGCUACGAAAAGACAUCAUACGAUCUCUUCCUAUCGAGCUUCAGGUGAUGGUGCUCAGGAAGUUGUCAUACAAGGACCUCUGCACGGCCAUGCUAGUGUCUAAAGUUUGGAACCACGCGUGCCGCAACAGGGGUCUAUGGCGGCACUUGGAGUUUGUGAAAGGCUGGAAAUCCAUAGAGGUCCGGAAACAUCCAGGUAUUAUGAACGAGGUCAUCUGCAGGCGGUCUCAGAACCUGGCAACCAGCCUGCUCAUCAAGAGCAUGAGGGACUUUGGCAUUAACCACGUCAAAUUGCGAGCCAUUCUCAGAGCAUUGCCUCAUCUGAAGAGCCUCUCUCUUCACGGCUUCGAUACUAGAUCCGCGCUGUACAGACCAGAUCUCUACCAGAAGGCUCCUGCUCUACGGGCUACUAUUGACGCCAUACUGAACGACGCACCCGCUACGCUCGAGACCUUGAAUCUGGAAGACUUUCACCAUAAGGAACGAGCCACACCUUCCCAGGAAAAGCUCGUCCACUCAACGCCAGCACUCAAGGACCUGACCUUGAGUGACGUCCUGAUACAAAACAAAGCAGUUCCCAGCCCAAGAUGGUCAAGGUUAGAGCGCCUCAGUAUCGGACGGAUGAAAGGUCGCCUUUUCGCGUCGUGCUCUGAGGUCCGAUCACUGGAACUCCUGGAGAGUGGGAAUCAAGCUGUCCCUAGACUUUUCGACUCCAUUCGCCCUCACCAGGGACAGACUGAAAACCCAGAAAAGCUUCAUAACUUGGAGCACUUUUACUACUCCUGGUCGGAUGACAGAAUGGCGCCUAGUCCAUCUGACUUGGAACGCAUCAAGCCGAGCUGCGAUAACGGUACCCUCCACUCGUUGCACAUCACUUUCAACAAGCAGAGCCGAAAUGUUCUGGACAAGAUCAUCAACAAAGACGCGAUCCGCACCUUGAGCUGCUACGACAUCCUGAUGCCCAGCAUCAGGGACGAUGGUGGAGGCUCAAGGGGCGACAUGCAGAUAUUCGUGGACUGGGUUAUCGGCUUCCGCAACCUCACCACCAUUGGCGUCUUCCCCCAGAAGACCGACGAGGCUUGGUUCGUCGUUGCGAAGCUGAUUACGGAGCGACCCGACAUCAAGACGAUCUACACCGAUGUCCUCCACGGCAUUAACCGGGACAUGAUUCUUGAGCAUGCUGCUAGGAAGGGCAUCGAGAUUAUCCAUGCCAGUCGCGUACCUGAGCCGGCCCUACAGUGCAUCAUGACAUCGGAACCACUGCAUGCUGCACAGGUCGGCUAA